ACACGAAAAAUGUGACCUUUAAGUUAAGUGGUUUAAAUGUAUUUAUCUGUAUUUAUAUAUCCUGUGGAAGGCGUAGGACCAAGAAAUGUACGUCCAAUCGAAAUGGUCUGUCCGAGCCGAAUUCGGUUCCCAAUUCCAGUGCUCGUGCACAUAUUUUACAUGUCUCGCUUAGUUAACACACCUGAUUCAGAUGACCAACUUGAGAAAUGUGAAUGAACUGUGUUACAAACGACAUGAUCCCUAGACAGUGUUCAUUGCCUAUUGUACCUUUAAAUGACUAUUUCAACUGCACUGAAAAUGUCUGUAAUUGUGAUUGACAGUGUGGAUAAAUGUUUCAGUCAGAAGAUAGGGAAGACAGUUGAUAUCUGCACCAGUGCUGAGGCUGAAGAGAUAUGAAACAUAAGAAAGACGGAGGACUUCAACACACCGGAAACCCACAAAACGACAAAAUAGGCAUUUUUUUUCCAUAUAUGAACUGUGUUUUAUUAGGUGAACUGAGGAAGUGAUUUCGUGAAGAUCAGAAACUACAGAGCAGCUCCAGUGAAUUCAGUGCUGUGUGUGUGUGUGUGUGUGUGUGUGUGUUUGUGUGUGUUCAGAUUGCAGUCAUAGUGCUGUGUCCACAUCCAUACAAAGAGCACAAACUACACCAAAGACACCAAAAUUCAGUUACACAAAACAAUCCAAGAGUUUACCCCCUAGAUUACUGAUAGUCAACCCCCUACAAAUCAUCAAAUAGUCAGACUGAAGGAAGAGCUUGCAAAUGCAGAUACCGCUGAAACCAUCAACUGAUGUAACAGUCUGAAGAUAAUCAAACUUUUAAAGCUUUCAACACCACCUUCUUUCAAAAUGAACAAGCCCCUGAUGGCUUUACACAUAAAAAUGCAAACUGUGGCAAUGAUCAAGUUUUUUCACAUGUUUAUUAAUGGACAUUAUGUUUUUUGAGGAAAUGUAUUAGCAGUUUUUGUCAAUACCUGAGGGAAGGGAUUACGUGAUAAUCUAUUCAAUUAAACCACAUUUACCAAACUAAGCAUUGCUGAAGGUGAAGCUCCUUUCUGCAUAAAUACUGGGCACACAAACGCUGAUGAGGAACACAACACAGAAGAAAGACUAGUGUUCUCGGAAACAUUAGUGAAAAGUGUAGCUAACACCAGCAAAAUGCACAGAGAGAAUGGACAAAGGGCUGAUGAUGUGUACAUUAAUAUUGACACUGUAAAUCGUCAAUCUGGAAAAGAGAUCGCGGACUGUAACACAACAAGAAUCCAGUCCUCUGGACUCCCAGGAAGUGAUUGUGUGAAGAUGUUAAGCUCCAGAGCCGCUGAAGUGUGUUUGCUGCUGCUGUGUGUUCUUCUGCUGACAGCAAUCCUAGUGCUGUGUGUCCUCUUCACUCGAGAAAGACAACUACCCAACAAUAGCAAUUUCACAGAAGAGAGAGGUCAGCUACUAACCAAGAUGAUCGACCUAAUUCAACUAAACGUCCAGUUAGUUCAAGAGAAACAUGAACUGACAACGUUUUUUCAAGAUGGCUGGAUUUACUAUCAAUUCAGUCUUUAUUACGUUUCCACUGAGAUGAAGAACUGGACCGAGAGCAGAAGAUACUGUACAGAGAGAGGAGCAGAUCUAGUGAUCAUUAAUAACAGCCAAAAACAAGAAUUGGUAAAGAAAAUAUCCUGUGGAGCUCAAACCUGGAUUGGUCUGACUGACGAUGAUGUGAAUGGCACAUGGACAUGGGUUGAUGGCAGCACACUGACCUCUGGGUUCUGGAGGCCCGACGAGCCCAAUGGACAUUUAAGAGAGAACUGUACUGUCACUCAUUCAUCAGGAUGGGCUGAUUAUUCAUGUACUAUCUUGUUCAAAUGGAUCUGUGAGAAGAAACAUUUUAAAUGACUUGUUUAUUUUAAGUGUAGACAUGCAUUUAGCAUCAUGACAUUUACAAUUUUUCUCUUACUUCCUUUAUAAUGUUAAGUCAUUUUUAAUGAAUAAAGUCUUGGAAUCAUUAACUUACUUCUGGUAAUGCCAGUAUAAGCUAUUCAUGCUUCAAGUCAUGGUAUUGAGGGUGGAGAGAGCACUGUACAGUCCCUCCAGAAAAACGUGAUUAUGCGAUUGCUUGAUUUAAUGCAUAAUCAGCCAAAGGCCGCAUAUUUAUGCGGGGUCGCAUUUUUUCAAAUAUGCCGCUCUUUUGCCACAUAAAUUACCGAUUUCAGAAAGCAAAAUAUGCGGGGCUAGCAUGAUUUCAUAAUCCCUGUAUUUUCGUUGCAGAAAAACUCACAUAUAUAUUAGCAUAAAGUUGAAAAAUGUUGC